AUGACGGACAUCCGUGUAUCUACAGGCUCUCCGACCGACCAAACGCUUGUCGCCCCCGUACAUAAUGGAAUUUUUGUUGGUUUGGUUUCUCAGUCCAGGCACCCUGGGUUCGCAAUGAAUAUUCGGCCUCCGGAGAUCGUUCCAGAUAAUAAGAACCCGGAAACGAAUGCCAAAAACCGCCCCCUGCAACGAGUGAUGACAUAG